UUAUACAAAAUCGGAAACAAGUAUACUUAUAUUUAUUAUAGGACACUUUGUCUUAAUAUUAUGUUUUGUAUACGAAACUCGUAAUGAAGCACGCAUUACAAAUGUUACAACAGCUCCCGACUUUCUUCCUUGGUCGCACACCUCCAAGAAAAGGCACGCAUAGAGCCAAAAGUAUUUAAUGAGGUUCUUGCUUCAUUCUUUACAGUGUGGAUUUUUCUCUUUAUAAAAAAUAUAAAGUGUGAAGUGUCGAGUUUAUAUUGAAUAAUAUUGAAAAAUACGAUGCUUUCAUUUUGAGGCACCAGAAGAAUUCUAAGUAAAAACAAAGAGGACAAAAAUUACUUGAUAUCAAAAUUUCACAUUGGCUACACACAUCUUAAUAUGCAGAUUCAGGGACUAUAUUGGUUUUGUUUAACCUUUGUAUUCGUUUUGCUGUGGACAAAUUCAGUGCAGGCAACUUCAUUUGCUCAGAUGAUACUUUCAUUUUUUCAAUCGGGUAAGAAUGCUCUGGAUUUCGAAGGUGCCUUCUAUCCCAGAUUAGAAUUUGCUACAAGAAGACAACAAAUAGUGCCACCACAUGUUGCGUUUCCUUGCGAUCUUCAGUAUAGUAGAUCAGCAGUGCCACCAACAAGUGUUCACCGAUUAAGGCCAGGGGACAUCGAUGUUAUCGGGGGAUUAGGAGAUUCUUUAGUGGCUGCAAGUGGAGCACUAGAAGAAUAUGCUAUUGGAACUUUUAUAGAGGCACGAGGAGUUAGUUGGUGUGUCGGUGGUCAAGAUGAUUGGAGAAAAUAUUUAACUAUUCCGAAUCUUCUCAAGGAGUAUAAUCCAAGAUUGACAGGAUACUCAACAGGUACUGGAGAGUUCAUAUCACAUAAAGCAAAAUUAAAUAUAGCUUAUCCUGUAGCAGCAGCAGAGGAUGCAUUAUAUCAAGCAAGGAUUCUUGUGCAAAGGAUAAGGAGUAAUAGAGCUAUUGAUAUUCAUAAACAUUGGAAGAUGAUUACAAUCUUUUUCGGUGCCAAUGAUGUUUGCUCAGCACAGUGUUAUAAUCCAACAGAAUUUUCGCCUAUUCGAUAUAUGCUUCAUUUACGAAGGACUUUGGAUUUUUUAAGGAUAGCUUUACCUCGUACUAUCAUUAAUUUAAUUCCAGCCAUCGAUGUAACUAUAUCACUACGUUUGCCAAUGCGUAGUGUAAUGUGUAGCAUUUUGCAUCCUCUUUACUGUGCUUGCAUGCAUCGAGGAAGUGGAGCGGAUAUUGCAGCAUCCAAAAUGUCUCAUAUGUACCAACAAGCAGCUGAAGAUUUAAUAAAUUCUGGAAGAUACGACAUGUCUGAUGAUUUUACAGUCGUAUUGCAACCAUUUAUAAAACUGUUUAAUGCUCCCAACGCAAAUCCCAGAUUUGCACCAAUGAUAGAUGCAAAUUUAGUUACAUACGACUGCUUUCAUUUUAGUCAAAAAGGACAUGCACAUGGUGCUAAUCUUUUGUGGAAUAACAUGUUAGAGCCCGUUGGUAAUAAAACAAAACAGGGAUUAUCACACAUUUUCGAAAGAUUUUUGUGCCCAAGCAGACAUGCUCCUUACAUUUUUACCAAUAUCAAUUCAAGAAAUUUUCUACGUACUGGAAGCCAAGAGGGCAUGAGUCCAGUAAGAUCGUGUGCUGCAUCGGAGAUGAGAUUACUAUUGCAAGGUUAUAUGGAGUACUCGUAUUAACAAAAGCGUAAAUUAUAAU